AUGGAAAAAAGGUUUUUACGUGCUUCUGGAGGCUUGGAAAAUUUUAGAUUCCAUCGUUAUGGACGAGUAGUAGAAGUCGGGUAUGAUGAAAUUGAGAAGAAGCCGGUGCAAAAGCUGGAGCAGGAGCAGGAGGUGAUCCGGGGGGUGUGGCAGGAGCACGACGAGAUUAGCAGAAAGAAGAAGAUGGAGGUGGAGGAUAAAGCGGCUCAAGCUCAUUUGGUAGUUGCUGCACUCAUUACAACUGUGACCUUUGCUGCAGGCAUUACCAUGCCCGGGGGCUUCAUUGGUGGAGAUGAUCAUCGACAUCCAGGCUCUGCAGUUUUGAGAAAAAGUGCUGCUUUCCAAGUAUUCAUCAUUACAAAUGCCCUAUCAUUGAUGCUAUCUAGCUCUUCUAUUUUUAUCCACCUCUUUAUUCCGAUUUUCCCUUCUGAAGACGUCUUGGAAAGGCGCUCAAGUUUUCUUCAAAUAGCCUUUUUGUUCCUUCUUUCCUCCAUGGCACCAAUGGUUUUGGCAUUUGUCACAGGGUUAAUUGCAAAUUUAGUAACUUAG